UGCAUUGCUCCCGUGAUAACUGCGAAGGACAGUGGUCUAAACAGACCUUUAUUUUUAUGGACUGUACACUCGUCGUCUUCCAAAGCCAUCAUGAUGUUAGAAACAGGUAUGCUCAUAAUUAGCUAAGGGCUCGCUUCGUGUUGAAAAGAGCAUUGUUUGGCGAUAAGGCAAUGCAAAUGCACACGCUUCCGGUUAAAGAUUCGAUCAACAUGCACUGCCAUACAAGGUCUUACUCCUGAUACGUACAAUAUAGAAAGCGAAGUGUAAGUGGCGUGUGAGUCAUUUUUGGCUCGCAAGUGACUUCUCUUUCUGUCUGAAGAUGGUAACAUCAAGAUUGUUUCCACCACACGUGGUCUAAAUUCUUUCCGACAGUGAGUGCCAUUAUUAAAAAUGCAGUUUCCAAAGACGAAUUCAGCAAUUAACGUCGUUGGUUAUGCGUCAAAAAUCAAUCACGGUAACUGAUUGAGAAAAACAUUUCACCAACACUACGUUUUACUGUUACCUCACAACCAUAAGAAUAUGAACAUUUUCCGCAACACACAAAAUAAUAAUGUUAAUCGCUAAGGUGACAAUUAUGCCAACGUGACAAGUGGCAACGGAACACUUUAUGACCCCUUACCGAUCUUAAUUAAGUCGUGCUGUUUGCCUCUAACUGCAGAGGACAGUGUGGUUAGCUCUCCUACUUGUUAUGCUUCAGGUAGUUUUAGGUGUUCAUGCGUAAUUGUGUAAUUUCCUCUAGCCAUUUUGACUUUUAUGACGUUAUAAAUUAUGCAGAUAUAAUAGACCUUGUCACGGUUUUCGACGCCAUAUUGACGAGUAGGCAAACGCGUGAGAAAUUACAGUGUUUGUAUGAGAAUCUAAUGUCGAAUAAUUUCCGUAGAACGGCUGUUCUGAAAAAAUAUGAUUUGUAAACUAAAGCUUCACUCCUAAGGAUUCUCCUGAAAAACUUUGUGGGCGUUACAUGCACUAGAAAACCUAGAACCACUUUUUAAAAUUUCUGUAUAUUUGUCUGUAAGAAAGUCCCGGGAAAAUUACAGACAAAUAUAUGGAAAAUCUAAAGCAAGCCUCUGGAGAAAUUUAAGCACAGGUACGCUCCCACAUUUUUUUAGGACAAUCCUUUGCUUUGUAGCUUUAGUUUACAAUUGAUAUUUUUUUUAGAACAGCCGUUUUACGGAAAUUAUUCGACAUUAGAUUCUCAUACAAACACUGUAAUUUCUCACGCGUUUGCCUACUCGUCAAGAUGGCGUCGAAAACCGUGACAAGGUCUAUUAUAAUAUGGUCGACACAACUCAGCUUUAAAAUAAAUGAACGAGGUAGUUUCUUAAACAGCACUCUGCUUCUUCAGCAGUUCUUGCGGGGACGUAUUUUCAAGCAUAACCAAAUUAUUCCUUUUUGUCUUUUUCAUAUUUUUACCCCUUCACUCACAGAGCUGACCAAAGUCGCAGAUUUACUCGACGAAGUCUCCAAAUGUUAUUCUGUGGAAUGCGAAAAAUAUUUUUUUCUGUGAAAUGAGCUAAAACUAGAAUCAAAUGUGGUAGUGCUGCUGGAAAGGUUUUAUUUGCAUAACAGGUCACACCAAAGGAUUUCAUUCACAAACUCCAAAGUUAGCACCACCUUUCAAGACCCCAUCAUUCAAUCAAUUUGUUGUAAAAAUGAUAAUGUAUUAAUAUUGAUAGCGAUCUAUUUUUCAUCAUUUCUAAGGAGCUUUUUGCAGGUUUAGAGAAAAAAAAUAUGCGGUAACCUAUCACCCCUCGAUCUUCUUNAGGACAAUCCUUUGCUUUGUAGCUUUAGUUUACAAUUGAUAUUUUUUUUAGAACAGCCGUUUUACGGAAAUUAUUCGACAUUAGAUUCUCAUACAAACACUGUAAUUUCUCACGCGUUUGCCUACUCGUCAAGAUGGCGUCGAAAACCGUGACAAGGUCUAUUAUAAUAUGGUCGACACAACUCAGCUUUAAAAUAAAUGAACGAGGUAGUUUCUUAAACAGCACUCUGCUUCUUCAGCAGUUCUUGCGGGGACGUAUUUUCAAGCAUAACCAAAUUAUUCCUUUUUGUCUUUUUCAUAUUUUUACCCCUUCACUCACAGAGCUGACCAAAGUCGCAGAUUUACUCGACGAAGUCUCCAAAUGUUAUUCUGUGGAAUGCGAAAAAUAUUUUUUUCUGUGAAAUGAGCUAAAACUAGAAUCAAAUGUGGUAGUGCUGCUGGAAAGGUUUUAUUUGCAUAACAGGUCACACCAAAGGAUUUCAUUCACAAACUCCAAAGUUAGCACCACCUUUCAAGACCCCAUCAUUCAAUCAAUUUGUUGUAAAAAUGAUAAUGUAUUAAUAUUGAUAGCGAUCUAUUUUUCAUCAUUUCUAAGGAGCUUUUUGCAGGUUUAGAGAAAAAAAAUAUGCGGUAACCUAUCACCCCUCGAUCUUCUUCUGCUACCAAUGUUGAGACACAAAGCGUCAAGACUAAGAUGGCUGUUUAAUAAAAAGACAACAAAAUCCAUAGUCUAUAUAGACCAAUGAAACAAUUACAACAUGUUCAAAACUCAAGUGAAACCAUUAGCAAAAAGAUAGUGGUGUCAGUAAAAGAUUUAACGUUUUGGCGUCAUUUCUAUGGUCGCUAAGGAUAUGGGACAUUACGUAUUUGUUGUCCAUUUGUUGUUUUACCAUAUUUUAACUUUGAAUUAAAGUUUUUAACUUCCGUUUCUGGUUAAGUUUCCCGGAAAAUGGCGCGCGAGAUUGCCGAGAGACAGUCAAAUAGCGUCAUCAUUGUGUCAUUUCUCAUAGAACACAGCUCUUGACCAAUCAGAGAGCAGGAAAUUGCUCAUUUAUAGUAAAAUUAGGAUAUUUCUUUCUACCAGAUAGUUUGCUGUGUUCUUCACUACUGGAAUGGCUUCCUUCGCUAGCGGGUGAAUAUUCAUUUAUGAAGCUGAAUCACUCUAUCUGAUGUAACACUAUGGUUUAAACUACUUUCGCUUGACUCUAUAUUCCCCAUUUCUGUGAUUUACUUUAAAUAUUCUUUGCUCAGAUUGGCUGCAUAAGAGGUUUUUUUACCGCGCAAGAUGAAUCUAAAAAUAGCUUGAAAGUCUGUGACUCUGUGGCCUAGGUCUUAUGAAAAAAAUCAGUGGAGACAAAUGAUUAGAAAACAUGUGUGAUGAUUGUGACCCAAAAUGCGAGAAUAUUGUUUCAUGUGCCAGUUUGGUCUGUUAUAAUUUAAAAAAGCUCUCUUCCGAAAUCGGAAAAGUUGCCCAAAAGUUCCCGAACAUCUUAGGGACAGCCCUAUUGGAGACUCCUUGGAGAUAUAUGUUCAUAUGUUCGUCUAUUGUACAUACAUGUUGAACUGGUUUUGCCAGACAGGAGUAUAUCGAAUGGACAGGACAAAAAAUUUAGACACUGGGAAGCAUCGCGUCAAUCACUGUGCUAAGAUUGUAAACGACAGGAAAAGCCAAUAAUACGAAAUUCACUCAUAGAGAGGACUUUGACUUCCAAUAUUUCUUACUUCUCUUUCAGCUUCGACAGCUCCAGUAAACAUAACUAUGACAACAACAGAUAUUAUCCUUACUGUGGCCUUCUCUGUGAUUGUUUUGAUCAAUCUCAUUGGUAAUGGUUUGGUGUGCUUAGUGGUUUUGCGAUUUCACGGCAUGAAAGCACCACUAAAUUAUCUGCUGGUAAACCUCGCUGUGUCGGACAUGAUGGUGGCUCUUGCUAUUACUCCACAGUACGUGGUCAAAUGGGCAUUUCACCACCCAAACGGCACUGCAGGAGACUACAUGUGCAAAUUCAUUACUGGAGGAAGCUUCAUUUGGAUUGGAGGAGCGGCGUCCGCCUUUUCUUUAGCAGCGAUCGCAGUUGAGCGCUACCUUACAGUUGUUCGUCCCCGUGGCGAGCUUCCAGGACGUAGAAAUAGCCGUCGAUUAACUGCUGCCAUAAUGGGUAGUUGGAUUUAUUCCCUAGUUUUCAACUUGCCAUGGUUCUUUGUUGUUCACUAUGAAGAUAGUAAAUUUCAUUGCAUGGAGCAUUGGCCGAAUAAAACACUGGCUAAAGCAUACACUGUUGGUGCCUUCUUCUUCUUCGGAGUAAUUCCCAUGGGAGUUAUGGCACCAUUGUACUCGAAAAUUCUCAGCAGGGUUUGGAAAAGAGGGGAGCGUACACCCUUGUUGCUUACGACCGACCAAGCUAAACUCAAAAGAAAACUAAAGGUGACUAGAAUGGUGGCAGUGAUUAGCAUCUUGUAUACAGUGUGUUGGUUACCAAAUUUAGUACUAUACAUGCUGUCUCAGUUUGAGCCUGACCUCUAUGCAUACGGCUCAAACACCUACAUUACCUCGGUCGUCCUUGUAGGUCUUAACUCUGCCACGAAUCCUUUUAUUUACACUCUUUGUAGCAGCAAUUUUCGUCGAAACAUCAGGGGAGCACUCAGCUUUGGCAAAUCCACGCCACCCUUCAUGCGUUACGAAAGAUGA